AUGCCAAUCACUGGAUCAUCGCAGAAAUUUGCCUACAUGACUCUCCUCACAAACACCAUGAACGCACCAGAGAAUCCCAGCGACGAUCACUACUUCAUGGCCACCCGUAUUCUGGGAUACCAACUCAUGCAUCAACCCAGCACAAAGACGCAAAAGAACAUUCCGUUCGUUGUGCUGGUCACCAACGAUGUCCUUCAAAACAGACGGGAUCUGCUUGUUGCAGAUGGCGCAAUCGUCAUAGAAGUCGAGACUGUCGAUGUCGAUACCUCCUGGGUGCAUGGCGAGAUGCCGCAGUGGAAGGAUUUGAUGAACAAGCUGCGCGCAUGGGAGUUUAUCCAAUACGAGAAAGUCGCUUUCUUGGACGGCGACUUCAUCCUAAAUCGCUGUAUGGACAACAUGUUUGACGAUCCGGCCACGGAGCAAGCCCCUCUUGUCAAGACAAAUACAUUACCUGGAGACGAGGGCCAAUUACCGGAGACUUACGUUCUUGCAACCGUGGCGGAAGCGAACCCUUUCCACAAGUACCCUCCGAAGGCCGAAAACAACGACUACAAGGAUCCCAACUACUUCAACGCGGGCUUUUUCAUCUUCAGGCCCGACGUCAAGCUCUUCUCGCAUUUCCAAAAGAUCUUGACACUGAAAGGUCGUUUUGAUCCUCAAUACAUGGAGCAGAAUUUGUUGAAUUAUGCGUUCAGAAGAGAAGGACAGAUGCCGUGGAUCGAGAUGGAGGGAAGCUGGCAUAUCAGGUUCCCGAGCGUGCACGACAAGGAGUCGGGAGUCGCAAGUAUGCACGAUAAGUGGUGGAGUGCCCACAUGGACAAGGAACUGCAGCCGUACUAUGACUCCAUAAGGUGGAAGAUGGAAGGAUAUUACGAGGCGAGGAACGACUCUUUGUCUGCUUCGUAA